UCCCUUCUUGAUGCUGACUCGAAAGCUUUGCAAGACAUCAAAACGCAGCUGAAGGGACCCGUGAAAGACAUCUACCUGCCUGAUCUGAUAGCUAAAGGACGCAAAACAGCGCAAUAUCAUUAUUGGUGGUACGUUUUGCCGAAUACAAGACGAUUAUGACGAGACAUGCUCUCAGGUUUUUCAGGGAAGUGAUCUUAUUUACCUCUACUUUCUCGACAAUGAAGUCGAACUCGAAGCUGCGCGUGUAAUUUCAUCAUCGAUACUUUUCGUUCUUCUACUAGUACUAGUCGUAUUUGAAAUUCAACAUCAUCAUCAAAAAGUAGUCAGUCCGAUCUCCUCAGUUACCUGAGGAAUCCACACCUUAUGAUCGUCGAGCUCUAUCAAAGCCAAAAGGUGGUCCUCAUCUAGUUCUAAUCCACGGUAGAAGCGACCCUUUGAAGACUUACGUGACGGAGACGACUGCAAGAGAGUUGAUGGAAGACGCUGACGCACAAGCUGUGAUGAAAGACGUUCUUGAAACUAUUGCGAAGUUAUUUCAGACCAAAGCAAUUGUACGUGGUAGUGGUACGGAUCCCGGUGAAGAUAUCUUGCCCCGUGUAGAUCACCCCCGCAUUCGGUACUCGUGUGAUUUCUGGGACAAAAAACCCUACACACCCUCGUGGAUGAGGAACUUCUGCGCGAACAUGUUGGGAGCCUACAUUUAGAGGAGCGCAAAUCGGUCGUAAAAGGGAAUACGAGCACCAGAGUUGUGGUAAUUUUCCAUGAUCCAGGUGUGGGGUCGUGGCUACUUCUAGAAGAGAGUAGCAAGGGAAAAAAUUAUGUUUAAUUCUUGAUUAAUUUGGGAUGGAACAGGAUGAAGUGUACGAAUAUUUUUCGUACUACUUGGGUGGAAGCGUACUAGGAACAGCUGAAUGAGAAAUCUUCUUGGACUUGAUAAGGUGACUUAGGUUCGAGAGAGAUCAACUUUUGACAUUCUACGUUGUAUUUUGACUGUCUACGUAUUUUACUGGCACACACGCCGGAUGAAAGGGAUGGAAGAUAAUUACAGAACAAACAUUAGAUUGACAACGUCGCUUUACGAAAUCGAAUAUGAUGAAAUUACAAUUCGUGUUGAAUGAAAUUGGAAAAAUAAUGUAAAAACCGUAACUGUUAUUUGAAAAAUCGUACAAGUAGUUGUACUAGCAGAAGUUGCUAACCGUGCCCGUCGUCCGCCUACUUCCUGCUCAUACUUUUUGUAAUAUUAUAAAUACAAGAUAGACCUGAGGAGCAAGAGCAUUUCUUUGGAUGAUAGUGAUCCAUAUUUUUCUUGCCUACAACGGAGUCGGAGGAGGUGGAAGCUGCAACAUCAAGCGCAAGAGUCGCGAAUGUACCACCACCGUCACAAGGUCGGAUGAUCGUCUUCACAUCACAUCUCAGCAAGAAGGGCACAGCAUUGACAUUUUUUUACAGGUUAUAUAUUGAUUCCCGCCACUUUAUUUCUAGGUCUCUGUCUGUCGUACUUGUUCUGUGUUGAAAAGAACAGCAUGUCGCGCCUGCAUGCUCAUGUGGGGAAAAAAAUGGUCUCGCGGCCGUCUUCACGACACACUGUUUCGAAACUAUCUUGUCUCGCCAGGAGGAGUGGUAAAGGAUUUUGGCCAACAUGUUGGUGCAUGAUGACGCCGAUGAUGAUGAUGUAAAGAGAGAUCUGUGGGCAUGCUCAGCUGUGAGUUUAUUGAUAUAAUUGAGACACCGCAUUCACUCUGUUCUUGAGAAAAUAUACAACCUAGCGUAUCGUGGCCAUCUUGGAUUUAACCCGAUACUUAUGGGACGUGAAGAUAUGUCCUUCUCCUUGUACUUAGAUACCUCCUGUAUCCAAUGCUGAAUUUUGCAAUUUUUGCAGCUAGACGAGUGAGUAGCAAACAAGUUCUUCAAUUUGUCGUUGUGCAAUAUUUAUAAGACUUAAAUUCUAGUAAGGCUCUCGAGAUUAUAAGAUUAAAAAAAGCCAGAGGACGCAGAGCUUGAAGAGUACCUCGUUUGAUUGAUUGCACCCCUUUCCCCGAUCUAUGAUGUUGAUCCACUUUCAUUCUCUUUGGCGAGCAGACGCACCCGCUUCCGCAGCCUAGAAAGCCGGAUAAUUUCACGGAGCCAAAGCCAGCUGGAUUUGUUCCGAAAAACUCGCAACUCGGUUAGCAAGUCCUUCGACUUUACCACAACAUGAUGUGACGAUAUUUUUCAUGAACAACAAAAUUUUU